GCGGUGGGCAGUUUUUGGCGGAAGGGUUGCUUCCGCUUCCGUUCCCGGGACCUAGACCCAGGCUGCUGCCGCUGCCACCGCCUUUGCUGCCAUGACUGCCACCCUGCGCCCCUAUCUCAAUGCAGUACGCGCUACCUUGCAGGCUGCCCUGUGCCUGGAGAACUUCUCAUCUCAGGUGGUGGAGCGGCACAACAAGCCGGAGGUGGAAGUCAGAAGCAGCAAGGAGCUGUUGUUGCAGCCUGUGAUCAUCAGUAGAAACGAGAAAGAGAAAGUCCUGAUUGAAGGGUCCAUCAACUCGGUGCGAGUCAGCAUUGCUGUGAAGCAGGCAGAUGAGAUUGAGAAGAUCCUGUGUCACAAGUUCAUGCGCUUCAUGAUGAUGAGAGCGGAGAACUUCUUCAUUUUACGCCGGAAACCUGUUGAGGGCUAUGACAUCAGCUUCCUGAUCACAAACUUCCAUACAGAACAGAUGUACAAGCACAAGCUGGUAGACUUUGUCAUUCACUUCAUGGAGGAAAUUGACAAGGAAAUCAGUGAGAUGAAGUUGUCUGUCAAUGCCAGGGCUCGUAUUGUCGCAGAGGAGUUCCUCAAGAAUUUCUAGACCAACGGGCUGGAAUCCACAGCUUCGCUUUCUCAUUCUCUCUGCACAGCCACUUCGCUGGGCCUACAGAGAGGGCCGCAGCUCAGGAGUGAGAGAAGAAGCAACAAGACCUGUGGAGGCUGUCCCAGCUAAAUGUACACCAUGCUCGCCUGCGUGCCCAAGGGAGGGAGGGUGCUUUUUAAUAUUUUUGGAACAAAAACUGUGCUUGUUUAAAAAUGGUGUUAUCUUUUUUUAAAUGAUCAUUUGCUGUAAUUUGUCUACUUGCGUCUUCUAGCAGCCAAGUUCUUGUGGGAGAAAGCGUGGGGAGGAGGAUCUGUUGCUCUAGAGGCCCCUCAUCCCAUUGCUGCAGGAAUUCCAGCUUAGUACUGCACUUGCAGUACUAAGCAGUGGGUGACCACUUUGCUCUGCUUCCCUAGCGGUGCAUGGAAGUAUUUGGCUGUCUGUCUGCUGGAGGUAGCAACCUUCCCUGUGGUGCCAAGUCACUUCAAUCUCUAGGGAGAAAGCGUAUGCUUGCAAGUAAACUUUCUACCCACCCACCCCACUUCCAUAGGGACUAGAGCGCUUGAGCACAGUACUGCCUCCUGUCUCUUUACCCUUUCAUUCCCUUCCAUACCUGUGCCAGAGAAAGCUGGGAUGGCAGAAGGGGCUGAGGCCAUGUACCAGCAGCAUGGGACGGAGCUGGAAUCUGUAACGAUUGGUUCUUUUUUGCUAAGGCACUUGCUGUAACUUUCUUACUCCUUAUUAAAGUCUUCCCCCCCCCCC